CUAGUGUCUAUUUACAGGCAGAAGCUCAAUCAUGAGUUCUCCCAGCAGUUCUUGACUUUAUUUCAGCAAUGGGAUUCAGAUGUGCAGAAAGCAGAGGAGCAGGAAGAAAAACUAGCGAAUAUGUUUCGUCAGCAACAAAAAGUUUUUCAGCAGGCAAGAAUAGUUCAAAGUCAGAGGCUGAAAACCAUUAAGCAACUCUAUGAGCAAUUCUUAAAGAGCAUGGAAGAGCUGGAGAAGAGCAAUGAAAAUCUUCUAGCUGGUGCACAAAGUGAACUUCGCAAAGAAAUGGCUAUGUUGCAGAAGAAGAUUAUGAUGGACACUGUAAGUAUCAGAUCUAUGAAGAAGUUAGUUAAAUGCAAAAAUAGAACAUUCUAUAAAUAA